AUGGCGACCUCGGCCUUCGGGACUACAACGACUGCUUCCAAUUACCGAAAUGGCGGCGCCGCAAACGGCCGAAACUUCCCCAAGAACUCCUCCGUCAAGUCCAAGACCGGGGUCCGGAAGAGCGCCCCCGGUUCCCUCGGCGGCGGAGGAGCUGCUUCCUCUUCUUCCAAGGAUGAUGCCGGAGUUCCGGGAAGAGUCAGAGUGGCGGUGAGGCUUCGUCCACGGAAUGCAGAGGAAAUGGUCGCCGACGCUGAUUUCGCCGACUGCGUCGAGUUACAGCCUGAGUUGAAGAGGCUGAAGCUGCGGAAGAACAAUUGGGAUUCCGACACUUACGAGUUCGAUGAGGUGCUCACUGAAUUUGCUUCCCAGAAACGCGUUUACGAGGUCGUGGCGAAACCCGUCGUUGAGAGCGUCUUGGAUGGAUAUAAUGGGACCGUUAUGGCAUAUGGGCAGACCGGGACAGGGAAAACAUAUACCGUUGGGCAGCUUGGCGAUGAGGACAUGGCUGCUCGUGGCAUAAUGGUUCGUGCUAUGGAGGAUAUACUAGCAGGCGUCUCUUUGGAGACUGAUUCUAUCUCAGUCUCGUAUAUGCAGCUGUAUAUGGAGACUAUACAGGAUCUUCUUGAUCCUACUAAUGAUAAUAUUUCCAUUGUGGAAGACCACAAAACUGGGGAUGUUUCAUUGCCCGGAGCUACUCAGGUGGAGAUAAGGGAUCAUCAUAGCUUUUUGGAGAUUCUAAAGUUAGGAGAAGACCACCGCUUUGCAGCAAAUACAAAAUUGAAUACUGAAUCUUCACGUAGCCAUGCUAUUCUGAUGGUAAAUUUGAGGAGGUCUGUCAAGGGAAAGGAUUCGACCGUUUCAAGCGAAAACAGUAGCAGCUUGCAGACGGUUAAAAGCCUAAAGCCUUCUGUUGUUCGCAAAGCAAAGCUAGUUGUAGUUGAUCUUGCAGGUUCAGAGCGAAUUCAUAAAUCAGGCAGUGAAGGGCAUACACUUGAGGAAGCAAAAUCUAUAAAUCUUUCUCUGAGUGCACUUGGGAAGUGCAUUAAUGCAUUGGCAGAGAAUAGUCCGCAUAUUCCUGUUCGUGAUUCAAAGCUUACAAGGUUGCUUCGAGAUUCAUUUGGAGGUACUGCACGGACUUCUCUUGUGAUCACAGUUGGUCCUUCCCCUCGUCAUCGUGGCGAGACAGCAAGUACCAUAAUGUUUGGUCAAAGGGCAAUGAAGGUUGAGAACAUGCUGAAAUUGAAAGAGGAAUUUGAUUACAAAAGCUUGUCUAGAAGAUUAGAUAUACAGUUAGACAAACUUAUUGCGGAACAUGAAAGGCAGCAAAAGAUAUUCGAGGAUGAAAUCGAGAGAUUAACUGCAGAAGCAGAAAGACAACUUUCUGAUGCGGAAAGAAAUUAUGUGCAAGCAUUGGAGAAGGAACGAUCAAAAUAUCAGAAAGAGUAUUUGGAAUCAAUCAAAAAGCUAGAGGAGAAAUGGAUAAUGAAUCAAAGAAAAAGUGUGAAUGAUGAAAAUAAGCUUCGACACAAAGAUGUUGGUUCCAAUGUCCUGCCUAAUGCAAAGGAAUCAAAGGUUGCUCCCAUGGAGGAGAAUCCUGAGAUGAAAAAGCUUCUGGAGAAGGAAACUGCACACAGGAAGGCUGUUGAAGAAGAAGUCUGGACUCUCAAGACUCAGUUGGCUGAAUCGAGGAGGUCAGAGGCCUUACAAAGUUCCGAGAUAGUAAAGCUUCGCAAGAUGCUUGACGAUGAAGCUCACCAAAAAGAAAAACUUGAAAUGGAAAUAGGAAAGCUGCAGAGUCACUUGCUUCAACUGAGUGUAGAGGCUGACGAGACAAGAAGGCAGCUUGACUCGGGUGGUUCAGAGGAAGUUCUUUCUGGUUUAGACUCUUUAUUGCAUCCAUCCAGGCAACCACAGAGUGACAAUUCAGAAACGGGAGAUAAAGAGUCAGUAGCUAAACUAUUUGAGCAAGUGGGACUGCACAAGAUAUUGUCGUUGCUUGAAGCGGAAGAUGCUGAUGUUCGAAUACAUGCAGUGAAAGUGGUCGCAAAUCUUGCGGCUGAAGAAGCGAACCAAGAGAAGAUUGUGGAAGCUGGUGGCCUAACAUCUCUGUUAAAGCUUCUCAUAAGUUCGGAAGAUGAGACCAUACACCGAGUGGCAGCAGGCGCCAUCGCUAAUCUUGCAAUGAGUGAAACCAACCAGGAGUUGAUAAUGGCUCAAGGUGGCGUCCGCUUGUUAUCAAAUACCGCUUCCAGUGCAGAGGAUCCUCAAACACUUCGCAUGGUAGCUGGAGCCAUCGCCAACCUUUGUGGCAACGAUAAAUUGCAAAUGAAGUUGAGAGGUGAAGGUGGUAUCAAGGCCUUGCUUGGAAUGGUGAGAUGCCGGCAUCCAGAUGUUCUUUCACAAGUUGCCAGGGGUAUUGCUAAUUUCGCCAAAUGUGAAUCAAGGGCAUCCGCUCAAGGAGUCAAGGCAGGAAGAUCCCUUUUGAUAGAAGACGGAGCACUUCCAUGGAUCGUACAAAACGCUAACAACGAAGCCGCUUCAGUUAGGCGCCACAUCGAACUUGCAUUGUGCCACUUAGCACAGCAUGAAGCAAAUGCGAGAGACAUGAUCAACGGAGGUGCUGUUUGGGAAAUGGUUCGCAUCUCGCGAGACUGUCCCCGGGAAGACAUAAGGUCUCUUGCCCAUAGAACCCUAACCAGCAGUCACAGUUUUCAAGCAGAAAUGAGGCGGCUAGGUUAG